AUGGUGGGCUUGGACCCCGAACCCAAAGGCCGCCCGGGCUUCCUCGCUGAUCAAGUAGUGGACGAAGCAGAAGGCUUCCUGCUCGACCACGCCCUCUUCUCACCUCCGCGAAGAUGGCCACCGUUAGCACCAGAGGAGACUCAGUCUGCGCGUCUUCAGUCCAAAGCGAAGAAGAUGGACUGGGAGGAUGAAGCUCGAAGAGCCCCAAUGGGCGAGGACGACCCAAUGGAUGGAGCGCACCAUCACUCGCCGGCAGCCGAGGGGGAGUCGAACAAGGAGAGAUGCGUGAUCUGCCUGAUGGAGCUGCGGGACAGGACCAUCGUGGGCGUAUGCGGGCAUGAGUUCUGCUUCGAAUGUAUCGGCGUCUGGGCGAACCAGUCUCGCCGCUGUCCUCUCUGCUCCGCAGACAUGGCGCCGUUCUUGCUGCAUGACUUAGACAACCCAGUACCGACAAAGUUCUACCUCCCUCCGCUGCCCACUCGUCAGAUUACAUCGUUCAACUUACCUGGACCAAGCAGACGCGUCGCUGAGCGGCCACAUCCCGCAUUCGAGAAGACUGAGCCAGACGAGCUGGAUCUUCAGAUUGAGCGGAGGAAGGAGAUCUACCAGCACGGGCUGUACUGCAAGCACAUCGGCUCAAACGCCCAAACUAGGUAUCGCCCCAACCCAACACCACACGAGAUCGCCAACUCCCCGCAGCUCAUCCAGCGGACGACCGCCUUUCUCCGGCGCGAGCUCCGCGUCUGGUCGCACGCCGACGCAGAGUACCUGACGUCCCACAUCUUGAGUCUCAUCAAAGCUGUUGAUAUCCGGUCUGACGUUGCAAUCCGUCUCCUAGCAGAGUUCCUCGACCCUCCCGCUGUUCAAGGCCGCGCCUCAUCGUCCGCACCGGGGAUCCCGAACGGGCCGGAGCACUUUGCGCACGAGCUGUACAGCUGGUUGAGGAGUCCAUUCAAGGAGUUGAGGCAGUGGGAUUUGGUCGCUCAGUAUGACUCUCCGGACGCCGAAGAAGAGCCUGAGCAGGACCGUGAUCUGCCGGCUGAGAAAGAGCGGUCGCGCAGCAUAUCACCUGAAGACCAGCCGCCCAAGAAACGGUCCCGCUCUCGCUCGGUCUCUCCCUCCCCGUCCCUAUCAUCGCGCUCAUACUCGUACUCAUCCCGAUCCCGGUCCCGCUCCCGCUACCGGUCGGAAUCUUCAUACUCCCGCUCACCCUCUCCGCGGCCCAAGCGAGACUCGUACAAGCGAGACCGCUCUCCGCCUCGUCACUCACCUAGCCGGCGGGCAUGGAACGAGGCAGACCACUGGGUCGACCCGGAUAUCCUGGCUGAGCGGGCGGAGCGGCAGCGUCGGAUCGAGGAGCGGAUGGAGCGGAAGCGGAUCGAGCGGGCUGCGGAAGUUCAGCCGUGGACCGGAAGGGGGAUGCGGCCGUGGGGUGCCCCAGUCGUGCCCAAGGAGAGGAUCGAGCUGCUGCCGGAUAAGCCAGAUCCGCCCGUAACGGCAUUGCGCGCAGAGGUGGAGGAAGCGGCGCAGAACGCACUGUCAAUCAAGGGGGCGGCGGUGGUGCCGAAUCGUCGAUUGACCCUAAAGGAACGGCUGGCGGUAGCUCGGGGCGAGCCGAUUCCUGCUGAUGCGGAACCGGCACCAGCACCUGUACCCCAGUCACCCUUCCUCACUCUCAAGGAACGCCUCGCCAAGGCUAAAGCGGAGGCGCUCGGUCUUGCGCAAACCCCACUCCCGGAGAAUCCCGCAGAAAUUACGGCAGAAGACCUGCUCGAAACCUCUCCUACCGCCCCCUCUGCCCCCCGGCGCUCCAUCUCCGGUCUCAAAGAGACCGUCCGUGCCCGGCUCCGUCUUCGGCUCAAGCUCGAAUCGGAGCGCGCCAACUUCCGGCACAAUAUCGCCGAGUCCAGGGCGCAGGAAUUGCGGCGGCAGUUAUUGGAAGCUAAAGUCACAAGGCAGGCGGCCGAGACGGAUGCGGUCCUCAGAAGGAUGGAUCGGCUGGACUGGCAGAAGGAGGUGAGGAGGAGAUUGAUGGUCGAGAAGAUGUUGCAGGCGGAGACGGAGGGGGAGAAGCGGGCGAGGGAGCUCAAGGAGAAAUUGUCGGCUGAGAAGAGGAGGAAGAUGUUGAGGGAGGUCUUGUUGGCGAGGAAGAGGGCGUCGGUGGUUGGGGACGUGGAGGGGGAGGAUGGGGCGGCGAUGAUAUGA